AUGCCGUCUCCUCACACGCGCAAGGACAUUCCCGAUGACGCUUCUCCGGACAAGCUGGACAGUCCCCAGGCUAAGGCCUGCCCUACGGGAACAACUUGGCCUAUGCUCGAACCAGCAGCUGGCAGCCCGAAUAGUCCUCAGUCGGCUCUUCCCAACACCGCUGGCAUCAGUCCGCAGCCCGACACGUCUCUGAACACCACCGUCGCAAUACCUGACCUCACCGGCACCCCUGAACAAAUAUGGAGGAUUGAGGAUUACAUGGCGCAAACAACCUCCGGACAGUCCAGGGACACCUCGGGGAGCCAUCAAUAUCAAAUCGAUCGCUCUCCUUCCCAUAAUGUCUCGCCUGCCUCCAGGGCCAUCACAGGUUCAGAGGCGGCAUUUUUUGGAGCCGAUACAGCCCAAGGCACCAGGCCUGUCGUCGACCACAGCAGUCCUUUCUGCUGUCUGUGUCUGACCUCGCCUCUGGAGGCAUGGGAGGGUCUUGUCAUCGACAUCUCGUCCAAGGAGGCCAUGACGGAUGAUUUCGUGCAAUGUCAAACGACAGCCAUGGCGAGCUGCGAGGCGCUGGUGCACUGCCAUGGGUGUUCGUGGCGGUCGCAAAAUGUCAUGCUACUUAUAAACAUGUGCGCGAAGCUCCUCGAAAGCCUGAAGAUGCAAGAUGGUGAGUUUUCAGCCCAUCUCCGACCCAGGGAGCGGAUGGUUGGCAAUGACACGGACUCUGAAGAGGACGGGGAUCACAUGCCACGCAGACUAUGGAAGGCACGCAUGCGGCGGCUGGGCCGCUUGAUAGCUGAAGUUGGAGAUUUGCUAGAGGGGGAGCAGUGGACGGCGCACAGUUGCUUGCUUCAGAACGUGCAGGUGGGAUUCACAGGCGUCAUGUUCGGCUGGCACUGGCACAGUCCCAGUGCUCACUACGUUACUCUAACGUGCCCACCCCGCACCUGA